AUUGUUCAACCCUGAAUCGGAGUCGCUUGUGCGCAAAUUAUUCAUAAUGUUCAUAUCACAUUUAUCUAAUCUGAUGAUUCGAGAAUAUUCACGUCAGUUGAGUUAAAAGUACUGUUGGAAAAACAGCUGUCAUCUGAACGGUUUGACGUUCACAUAGCGGAUUAAGGAAUAUUAAGCAGGAGAUGAAUAUUGCGCAUAUCUGAUGGCUCCGCGGCCUACGGUGAAGUUGCAUUCAUAACUGUUUUAUUCGAAUUGUUUUUAAUAUCUAAAGAUAUACCUGGAUAUAACUUCCACUGAUGUCUUACAACAGAGAUCAGUCGUUCCUCGAUUUUUUUGAAGACCGCUAAUUACAAUGCCCACCACAAGCUCGUCGUUUAAAGAUAUGAUUGCCUUGGAUCAUCGCAAUGUGGAAGACCUAAUGCAACAAAGCUGUAAAACCAAGCCUACGAGCUCAGCAAUAAUGGAAAGCUUGGAUAGCUUGCCUUUGAACAAUCGUGAUGAUCAGAAAAGUUCCAAGGAAAACACGCCAUGGUCCGAAUCAACAUUGCCUACUAAAUCUGUGCCUCAGUCAUUCAAUGAUUUACAAAGUUUCUUGCUAAUUGAUGGCAGAGAACAUCUGAAAGUUUCAAGUGCUGAACAAUUCAUUGGGAAUUUGAAUUGCGGCCUUAAAGAUUUGAAGCUAAAAGUUGUGUCAAUAUUUGGAAACACAGGCGAUGGGAAGAGCCACACUUUGAAUCAGACAUUUUUUAGGGGACAAGAAGUCUUUCGAACCUCCAAUGAACAAAGUUCUUGUACACUUGGAGUUUGGGCUGCAUUUGAUCCUACAUUAAAAGUUAUCUGUCUUGACACAGAGGGUCUCCUAGGGGUCACAGCGCAUGAAAAUCAACGAAUGAGAUUACUUUUGAAAGUCCUGGCAGUUUCGGAUAUUGUGGUAUAUAGAACUCGCUCUGAAAGGCUACAUAGGGACCUGUUCACGUUUAUUGGAGCUGCAUCUCGAGCUUACAGUCAUCACUUCCAAACUGCAUUACAAGCUGUUGGGCAACGAGAAGGCAUUCUUGGAUCCCUGAGUGCACUAGGUCCGAGUGUAAUUGUAUUCCAUGAGACUCGGCACACGAGAACAUUAUCCAGCAAUGCUUCAGAAAGUGCAGAAGAUAUAUUGCGGACUCGUUUUGAUCAAAUGCGCUUGGAAAUCGAAGCAUUUAGUUCGAUAAAAUACGUCGGCGUACAAACUCCAAACCCACCAACAGAUUUCCAACCAUUGAGAAAGGCAAUUCAAAACGAAUUGAACAAUACGACCGUUCGCUCAGCGAGAAGGCCGCACUUAGUCUAUGGCACACUCAAAAUUCUCAAUGAUAAAUUCUCUGGCGAAAUUGAAAAUGUGUCUAGCAUUUUGUUUCCUGACCAGUAUUUUACCUGCACUGUGAAAUGCCUUAGCUGCAAUUGCAGAUGCACCAACAGUAUGGGACACCUCCGUGAAGGCAAACCUCACAUCAGCGAUUCCAGAUGUCGUUAUCAGCAUCAGUACGAGAAUUUGGUGUACAUCUGCAAAAAAUGCCAUAGUAAUGGAAACGAAGUAGUUGUUACAAGUCGCACACAAACUCAAAGUGAUGCAAGCUGGUACGGACUAGCCAAGUAUGCAUGGUCGGGGUAUGUUAUUGAAUGCCCACACUGCGGUGAAAUAUAUAGAAGUCGGCAGUUUUGGUAUGGAAAUAAAAAUCCUGAGGAUGCAGCGGUCAGAACGGAAAUAACCCACGUUUGGAAUACGAACGACGCAUCCCUGACAUCGCAAAAUACCGCACAAAGAGUAAUCGAUGGUGUUUCUUACAUAUCUGAAGCUGUUGCCAAUGUUUCGAUUCAACCAACUAAAGUAUUAACAUCAUGGGUCGCCGAUCAGAUUGCGCCAACGUACUGGCGACCCAAUAAUGAAAUUAGACACUGUCAUAAAUGUAAACUGCCAUUUGGUACAACUGAUACAAAACAUCACUGUCGAUCUUGUGGGGAAGGAUUUUGCGCUGGUUGUUCAUCAAAAACCAAACCAGUACCACUCAGAAAUUGGUAUACUCCAGUAAGAGUUUGCGACGCGUGUUUUACAGAGGAUGAAAAUUCUAGUGAAGAGAUGAACGAAAAUUUUGAAGACGUCAAUGCGCGAAAAGUUACUGAACAUGUGGUUUCUACACUAAGCGCCGUUGGAACAGUAUUCAACUACUCAAAGGCUUUGAUCAAGGACACUGUGAGACCGAGCUAUUGGGUACCAGAUUCAGAGGUGAUCAAUUGCUGCGUCUGUGAGGCAAAUUUCUCUGACACACUACCCCUGCAUCACUGUAGAGAUUGUGGGCGUGGGGUUUGUCAGGACUGCUCAACACACCGUAAGCCGGUCGUCCGACGCGGCUGGGAUAAGCCUGUUCGCAUUUGUGACUCCUGCAUUAAAAUCGAUUGAAAGUGAUGGAUUAUAUCAAGAAUCGUUACGUUUAUAGCAAAGUGGUUGUUUUCUUCACUCUAUUGCAAGUUGUCAAAGUUUAAUGUAAAUAAUUGUUGUUCGCAAUGCCAGAUAAUAACGUGAGAUAAAAUUAGAAGUGUGCAGUUUCUAGGAGAAGAUAACUAUGUUUAAGUUGUAACGAUCAUGGUAACAUUCUCAACUUUCAAUUUUCCUCUGGUAUCGAUAUUGACAGAGAAAAAAACUGACUGGUACAAAAAGUGAAACAAGAGGGGUGUCCGGCGCAUGAUUAUUUAGGUUUUUUACGAAUGAAUGUAUUAUGAGCAUUUUAACAAGGAUCAAAUUGCCGACUGAUCGACAAACUAAAAUUUUAUAAAUUUGUUUCUGGUGAAUUUGAUUCAGUCACUUCACGACGUAUUAAGUAAUAGAUUCAAGAUUCAAAUUCCAGAAGAUGUAAAUAGGCCUUGCAUACAGUAUAAAAGGAACGUGACGACGUGUACAAGUUAAAAAAAAAUGUAUGUAACGAGUAUAAGAUGUCUUGAGGUUUUGGCUGUGAAAACUAUUAGAUUUUGAACUUGGAUUUUUUUUUUGUUAAAAAAAAAAGUUAAAAAUAUACAAACAAAAAAAACAAAGAAAUAUCUUCAUACGUGCAUUCCAAAAAGUUUUACAAUUUUUUAGUCUAAAUCGUUUGAAUGUGUUUCAAAGAUGGAAUUUUGGACUCAAUUACUUUUUGCAUUGGUUGGAAGAUUGUGGUUUCAAACAUUUUAGAAUCUGAACUGAAAAGAAUAGGAAAAUAAAGUGAGACGUGUGCUUUAAUAAUAGAGAAGUUAUUCUUAUAUGGAUAAAUUAGGAUUUCCUUGUGUCUGUCACACAACGCCAUACAUAAUAUUUUGAGCCAUAGCAUUCAAUGUGCAGUAACUGAAGUGAUUAGAAAAUAAUCUGACAAUGAAUAAAUGCUACAAAUAAUUGAUUAUCAAUUGACCGAGUGAUUAUUGUGGUUUGUGAUCUCAGACAAGAGUAUGAUGUGUGAGACUGAAUGAAUGGGGUGAAGUACGUAGUGCAAGUAUGAAAAGUAUGAAACUGGUCUAGUGUACAUUGUGGUGUUUGUAAGGCAAACCCAAUCACAUUUCAUUUUUGUUGUUAUUCUAGACCUAUUUCUGCUAUUGUUAUAGAUUUUUUUUCGAUUUAUAUUAGAAAUAGACCAAGAUAUAUCAUCAUGAAAAGGUGAAAACUAUGAUGUUCACAUUACGUUAUACGGGUGAAAUUGUUGUAACAUGUAAAACAAAAUAAAUCAGAGUAUAUUUAA